GAGUAUGAAACCAAAGGCGUUUGGGAAGACAAAAACAAAGGAAACACAAGGAAGAAAAGGGUUUGGUCACUCCAUAAAAGUAUUCCAAUUUUACCCCUCCGACUAGAAAGAAAGAAAAAAAGAGCCAGUGUGUGCGCCAAACAACACACAGAUAGAUAAUUGAAUCUCAAAUCCAUCAACGAAUCGAUCUUCUGCUCUUCACCAUCAUAACAAAAAAACCUAAUUCAACCUCCAAAUGCCACAUUAUUCUUCAUCGAUCUGUCUCACACGAUCCGAAUAAUGCUAAUCGGAUUCGGUUGAUGCGUUCCUGAUUCGAUUCAGUUUGUAGAGAUUUCCGUAAUUUUGUUUAUUGUUCGGUUGAUUAAUUAAUAGAAGAGGAAAUGAACGGUGGUGAUGGAGGAGGAGGUGUUGCGGCAGCUCCGGCGGAUCCACCACCGCCGCUUGACUGGAAAUUCUCGCAGGUGUUUGGUGAACGAACCGCCGGUGAAGAAGUUCAGGAAGUGGAUAUCAUCUCAGCAAUUGAGUUUGAUAAAAGCGGUGAUCAUCUUGCAACUGGCGAUCGUGGGGGCAGGGUGGUAUUAUUUGAGAGAACAGAUACAAAGGAGAAUGGUGGAAGUAGAAAGGAUUUAGAGACGAUUGAUUACGCUACAAGUAGGCAUCCAGAGUUCCGUUACAAAACUGAAUUCCAAAGCCAUGAACCUGAGUUUGAUUAUUUAAAGAGUUUGGAGAUUGAGGAGAAAAUUAACAAAAUUAGAUGGUGCCAAACAGCCAAUGGUGCCCUUUUUCUUCUGUCGACUAACGAUAAAACCAUUAAGUUCUGGAAGGUUCAAGAGAAGAAAGUCAAGAAAGUUGCAAGCAUGAAUAUGGACCCUUCUAAAGCUGUUGGAAAGAGCAAUAUUGGCAGUUCAAGUGUUUCAUCAAGUACUAAUUCUCAUCUUGCAAAUGGGGGAUACAAAGAUACAUCGUCCACUAAUUUGAUCAACGACUUCAAAUUUCCUCCAGGUGGCAUCCCAUCACUGCGUCUACCUGUGGUGACUUAUAAUGAGACCAGUCUUGUUACAAAAUGUAGAAGAGUGUAUGCUCAUGCACAUGAUUAUCAUAUCAAUUCGAUCUCAAAUAACAGUGAUGGCGAAACGUUCAUCUCAGCUGAUGAUCUUCGGAUAAACCUUUGGAAUUUGGAAAUUAGCAAUCAAAGUUUCAAUAUUGUUGAUGUCAAGCCUGCCAACAUGGAGGAUCUUACAGAGGUGAUUACAUGUGCUGAGUUUCAUCCAACUCACUGUAGCACACUAGCUUAUAGUAGUUCAAAAGGAUCCAUUCGCCUCAUUGAUUUGCGUCAGUCAGCGUUAUGCGAUAAACAUUCUAAAUUGUUCGAGGAACACGAAGCACCUGGUUCUAAAUCGUUUUUCACAGAGAUAAUAGCGUCUACCUCUGAUAUUAAGUUUGGAAGGGAUGGAAGAUAUAUACUUAGCCGUGAUUACAUGACCCUUAAGCUAUGGGACAUCAACAUGGACUCUGGUCCGGUUUCAACAUUCCAGGUGCAUGACCAUUUAAGACCUAAGCUAUGUGAUCUAUAUGAAAACGAUUCAAUCUUCGAUAAAUUUGAAUGCUGUUUGAGUGGUGAUGGCCAGCGAGUUGCAACUGGUUCCUACAGUAAUUUAUUCCGCGUGUUUGGGUGCGCUCCUGGCAGUAAUGAAUCUACUACCUUGGAAGCUAGCAAAAACCCAAUGAGGAGACAAGUGCAGACACCUUCAAGGCCUUCCACCCUAAGCAGUUUAACCCGUGCAGUUAGACGAGGAGGAGGAGGAGAGAGCUCAGGGGUUGAUGCAAACGGGAAUUCAUUUGAUUUCACAACGAAGCUGCUCCACCUGGCGUGGCAUCCUAGUGAAAACUCUAUAGCUUGUGCUGCUGCUAACAGCUUGUACAUGUAUUAUGCCUGAAAGGCACUAAGCACGUAACAGUUUAAAAAAAAAAUAUCACUUGCCAACUCAGAUAGACGGCUUCUUUUCGGGACAACUCUAAUAGAUGAAUUCAGAAAAGCCAUAGGAGGAGCCACGGGUUACGGUUCAACGUCUAUUCCUUUCAUUUUACUUUUUUUUUGUUGUUGGAAAAUAACUGUUUUUUUUUUUAUUGUGUUGGGUUGAAGUGAGGAAGAAAGAUUCAAAUUGUAGCUCUCCUACAACCUUUAUGAAUAUGUGGAACUUAGGGUCAAAGUCAAAGAUGUAGUAGUUUUAGACAUCAUGUUUAUAUAUAUUCAUCCUCUUUUACCAUAUACGAUUUUCUCUGUAUCAAAAAUUUCUUGCACUUU